GUAGCUUGUUGUCAUGGCUGGCAGCGUCCCUUAGCAACAGCCCCUUGCGUUCUCUUUUCGCUUUCUCUCUUUUAUCCCGUCACUCGUAUCUUUUAUUUGCGCAGGAACGGCGCUGCCAUGGCCUCAGGGCCCAGCGUUUUCCUCCUCAACGUGAGCGGCCAGAUAGAGAGCGCCGAGUUUCCAGAAUUUGAUGAUCUCUACUGCAAGUACAGCUUUGUGUAUGGGCACGACUGGGCGCCGACCUCCGGGGUAGAAGAAGGGAUUUCUCAGAUCACUUCGAAGAGUCAAGGUGGCAAACAGGCACUGGUUUGGAAUUUCCCCAUUGAAAUCACAUUUAAAAGUACCAACCCAUUUGGCUGGCCGCAGAUCGUUAUCAGCGUCUAUGGGCCUGACGCCUUCGGGAAUGAUGUAGUGAGGGGCUACGGAGCAGUUCAUCUGCCAUUCACACCGGGGAGGCAUGCAAGAACCAUCCCAAUGUUUGUCCCAGAGUCAUCGUCCAGGCUGCAGAGGUUUACCAGCUGGUUUAUGGGACGGCGCCCCGAAUUCACAGAUCCCAAGGUUGUGGCGCAAGGAGAAGGAAGAGAAGUUACCAGAGUCAGAUCCCAGGGGUGCGUGACUGUCUCCUUCAAUGUGGUCACCAAGGACCUGAAGAAACUGGGCUACAACACCGGCUCUGGUGACUUCCCCAACGCUACGACCAUGUCCCAGCCUUAAAGAGCCGGCGGGUUGCCGUACUGCUCGUUACUGACCCCUGCUGGCAGUGGUUCUCUCUGCAGCUGCUGCAGGUUUCUAUUGAAACUGAAAACACUAUUCUAAGCUAUUUAUAAUGUUUUAUCAUAUUUUUAACUCUAUGUUUUUUUACCUUUUACACUGUUUUUAAACAAUAUAUCAGAGAUGUAUAAUGGGCUGGUUCUGUUGGGGGCAACUUGGGUUCCUGUGAUGGAAACCUGCUUUGCUUUGACAAUAGUUUCCUGCUUGGAUUGGGGGUCCCUACGUACCCCACUAAUGUCCCGGUUAUUCUAUUGUAAUAGGGAAGCUGGGACAUGCACUCACAUAGGGGAGUUGCAGUAUUGUUUACCCCACCUGGCUGUGACUGUGCUUUAGUGGGGGAACGGGGGCAGUUGGUAAAUAUCCAGCCACUUGAUCAGUUUUAACGCUUUUAUAUUCCGUAAAUAUAUCAUUUGUAGAGGAAAUUGUUAAUGAUGAAAAAAAGCCUUCUUGGAUUUCUUAUGACCUUUGUUUAUAUACCACGUGUGCCAUCUUUUCCAUUUAAAGGGGAACUUAGCCCAGUUGCAACAUGUUCUAUAGUGAAAAGAAAUGUGAUGCUAAGAGGCUUUCCCUUGUACAUUUAAUUAAACUUUUUUUCAGUGA